AUGCUUCCACUCAAAAUACUUCUUGCGAUCCCGGUGCUUUCUGGCGUCUUAGCGGCUCCGGAAUGCAAAUGCGCCCCGGGAGAUGAUUGCUGGCCCAGCCCUCGCGCCUGGAAAGCUCUCAAUUCAACGCUCAACGGUCGCUUGAUUCACGCCAGGCCCCCAGCAUCGGUUUGCUACCCGUCUGAGCCCAACUAUGAUCCUGCAGCCUGCGAAUAUGUCCUAGCCAAAUGGCACCUGUCUACGUUCCACUCCGAGGAUCCUAUUAGCAUCAGCUACCCUCAGUGGGCCGAUAACCCUUGCCCGCCCAUCUUCCCCAACGGCACCAGCAUCGGAGGUGACCCCGAUGCGGGAACCAAGGGGUGCAAGCUUGGGAAGUAUCCCACCUAUGUCGUUAAUGCGACGGGUGCGGAGGAUAUUGCUACGGCGGUCAAGUGGGCCGCCAAACGGAACAUCAGACUCAAUAUCAAGAACACCGGCCAUAACCACUUGGGACGGAGCACGGCUUAUGGCAGUUUGUCGAUUUGGACCCAUUAUAUUCGAGGCAUCGAGUUUCAUGACAACUUCAAGCCUAAAUCCUGCCCAAGCAAUGACACUAACCCCCAAAUGGCCGCCACCGUCGCCGCUGGGGAAGUCGAUAAGAAUGUGUACGCUGCGGCGCACGAGCAUGGUGCUGUUGUAGUUGGUGGGGCCAACCCUGGCGUCGGUCUCGUAGGUUGGUUCACUGGCGGCGGUCACGGGUUUCUCAGCGCCACCUACGGCAUGGGUGUCGACAACGUUCUUGAGGCAACCAUCGUGACCGUUGAUGGCAAGGUCAUCACCGCCAACGCCUGUAACAAUCCGGAGCUCUUCUACGCCAUCCGAGGCGGUGGCGGAGGCACAUACGGCAUUGUCACUUCCGUCACCAUGAAGGCCCAUCCUGAACCGCGUACCACCAACUGGAACCUCAUGGUCACGCUGCAGGACUCGUCCAAGGAGAAGGAGUGGUGGGAUUUGAUGGCGUUCUUCCAUUCGGACCUGCGCCGGCUUAAGGAGGGUGGAGCACAAGGCUACUAUUACGUUUUCCCUCCACAGGCUCCGAGGGGUUAUAUGCUUAUGACAGCCUUUAUGCUCUUUGACAAGCCAAAUGGCACAUCAACCGAAGAGACCGCGCCAUCUUUUUUUGAGGCCUAUCACGGCGAUCCGGAAAAUGAGCCCGUCGCCCAAAACUUUGCCAUGGGAAGCCAUCUCCUGCCUGCCGAAGCGCUGGAGGAUGUUGAGACAGUGUCCAAGACUUUGCAGGAACUGAGCAGGAGCGAUAUUGCUGGACCUAAUUUGAUGAUUGGCCACAUGGUUGCAAACUCGGCCAACAGGCACCUCGACACCGCGUUGAAUCCGGCCUGGCGAGACACCAUCAGCCACUUCGUCGUUGGUACAGGGUGGCCCGAUACUCUUCCCGCCGAUGCCGCGCAGCAGAUCCGCAACUACGUAACCUUCAACGCGACGGCGGCUUUGAGGAAGCUGGCGCCUGACAGCGGGGCAUACUUUAACGAGAUGGACCCUUACGAGCCCGAUUGGCAGUAUUCCGCCUUCGGAGCAAACUACCCGCGUCUAAAGGCCAUCAAGGACAGAUAUGAUCCCGAAGGCGUGCUGUAUUGCCGGCAUUGUGUUGGAAGUGAGGCUUGGGUUGAAAACAGUGCUGGGAAGCUCUGCCGACCGGACUGGUGGGAAAGGGAUUAA